AUGAAGGUGCGUUCAUCUGUGAAGAAGAUGUGUGAAUACUGUAGAACCAUUAAACGGAAAGGACGAGUCUAUAUCUUGUGCACAGCAAACCCUAAGCACAAACAGAGACAAGGCAUGUCAACAUUUGCAGAUGAAGCCGCUUCUCAUCAGCCGUCCGUGGAGAUAAGUUCAAGCUGCGCCACACAGGAGAUUAAGCCACUCUAUACUUUUCGAACAGGUGUGGCUUCUAUUAUUCCUCAAAGGCACAGCUUGUCUAUGUUGUAUGGAUGGCGAGUUGGCCUGGCCUCUAUUCUGUCUAAGAAGUAG